AUGACAGGUGUGAGCACAGAGCUGAGGACAGCAGACUCUCUGCUUGUGCUGCUGAGUUCUUCUCCAGAGUGUAACGGACAAUACACAGUGAAGCAGGCAGCAGGAGAGGACCGAGUGAGAGAGGGACACACUCAAACACUCAUCUGCAACUUUACAACAAGCAGCUUCACAAACAACAACCUGUUCUGGUACAGACAGAAAGAUGAGUUUGAUGAAUCCAAGUUUGGUGCUGAGCUCGUGGGGAACUCUUUGUCUCUGAAGAUGGAGGCUGUGAAUGUGACUGACUCUGCUGUGUACUACUGUGCUCUGCAGCCCACACUGACAGGAAACACCAACACUCUGAACAAAAACCUCUGCAGCAAAGACAACACAAUAGUGCAGUGUCUCCACUAG